AUGGAUUUCUUCAAUAUGGGAAAUGACGAUACAAAGCCAGAAAAUGGCAAUGUAAACUAUUUCGACACACGGUCUACUCAUGAUAACGACUCUACAAGUUUAUCUCCGCAGGCUAUCUUGGCAAGAAACUCUAUCUCGGAAACUUCGAAUGGCCAAAACAUGUCCAAUAACCACAUAUCCAUGUCACCACAGCAGAUGUUCACGCCGAUGAGCAGCUCUAACAUUUCCGCUAACCCGGUUGCUAACAACAAUCCAAACAGUCCAGCCGUGGGCGCAGCUACGCCACAACAGAUACUUAUGUUCAAUAACAAUAAUUAUCAGCAGGGCUACUCCAGCCAGCAUUCUCCGAUCGUCCAAAGCAGCAAUGAUCCAGCUCGUGCUCUUCCUGUUCAAGAGAACAGUGGUAAGGCUUACGCCGAAAGAGCAGCGAUGAUUGCCUCAUUGCAAGCCAAACAACAACAGCAGCAACAGCAACAGCAAGAGCAACAGCAGCAUCAGCAACCACAACCACAGUACCAGCAAGCAUUCAACUAUCGUGGUGGUUCAGUUCUGCAGAACUUAAGUCCUGAACUCCAGAAGAAGAUAUCUAUUGAGCUGAAUAACAAGCAAUACGAGCUGUUUAUGAAGUCACUUAUUGAGAAUUGUAAAAGGAGAAAUAUGCCGUUGCAAUCUAUUCCUGAAAUUCAUGGUAAGAAAGUUAAUCUGUUUAUUCUGUUCAUGUUGGUCCAGAGACUGGGAGGCGGUGAGCAAGUCUCAAGAACACAGCGUUGGGAUCUGCUUUCUCAAAAGCUGCAAAUUCAAGACUCCCAACAGCUUGCAUCGGUUUAUUACAGGAUCGUACUGCCAUAUGAAAAGUAUCUUGCGUCUCCCGAAGGCCUCAAGGAAUCGCAGGCUAAGAAAAUAUUCUUUCAGCAGUUCUUCCAAGAACUCAUACGAAAGAUACAAGCGAAUUCCAAGCCAGAAAACAAUGCGUUCAAUCAAGCUCUCGCUUCAACACCAAACUCGUCGGCUACUCCCACCAAUAUAAGUUCAUUCAAGCAGCAGCCGACAAUGCAACAAAUGCAGCAGUCCAUGCAGCAGAAGCCAAGCAUUGCUCCUAAGCCCAAGAAGCCAAGGAAACCAAGACAAAAGAAGAAAACUAAGAAAGAACUUGAAUUGGAACGAAGGCAACAGGAAGAGAUGUUAAGAAAGCAACAGCAGGCGAUCUUGGAGCAACAGCAAAAGCAGAGACUCCUUGUUGAACAUCAGCUUCAAAGACAGAAAGAAAUGAUCCGCCAACAGUAUCAACAGGAACUGGCUAAGCUGCCCAAAGUAUAUAAAAGAGGGCUCGCAAGAAAUUACAAACCAAGCCAGAGACAAAUGAAUUUGACAAGCGGCUAUGAUAUGAAUUACCUUUCUCAGAUUGGAGAAAAAAUUGAAGCAAAUAAGCCGAUAUUCCUCUUUCCGCCUGAAUUGGGGACUGUAAACUUGCAUGCGGUAUCCAUGUCAUUGCAGUCCAAUGAUCUUGGAGAGGUUAAUACGGCUCUGAAUACUUUGCUUGUUGCCAGUGCAGAUUCCGUACUUAAGGUUCCUUUAGACAGGUAUCCCGAAACAUUGGACGCAAUUUGUAUUUUGGGCAUAAAGCUUCUCAGGGAUAUAUUUACCCGAAAUAUUGGUUCUAAUCAUUCAGCCCGCCAUGCAGAUCACAAUGACAAUCCCUCGCCAAAAAAUGUUAGUCUCAUUAAAGUGACAGAGGAGAUAAAUACAGGAGGCCUGGGCGAUAUCGCAGCAGAUUCAUACAACUACAAAGCAGGGUAUUGCGAGGAGUAUGACGUAAACGCUUUCCUAGAUGAUCGCUUGACCUCAUACUCAAAGACAAAUGACCUUAUAAAUGAAAUAUUUGAUCGAUACAAGCAGCAUGCCGAAAAUAUGUCUGAAAAUGAUAAAGUUAUUGCUGUUGAUUCUUUGACUGGUGAAGAUUUGCAACAAUCGUCUAUUUUUGCCUUGACGCCAGCACAAACACCGAAGGCAGAGGAGGCCAAUGCAAACUCAAGGGGAGAUAGCCAUCGAUCAGAGACACAAGACAAUUCGAUUGGAUGGGACGUUCUUCCGGAACCGCUUAAAGACUUCCCAGGACAACCAUUCUCAGAUCUCUCUGUACCCUCAUAUCUACAGUCACUCAAAAGCAUUAAUGAUGAGAUAGACACAGUUUUUACAAAAGUGAACACAAGAGGUGCGGAAGAUAAGAAUAUAUCGAUUACCGACCAGAUAUCGACAAUAUCCAUGAUUCUUAGAAACUUCUCAUUUUCGGAAAAGAAUUCAAAGCUUAUGGCAAAGAAUACCUUUCUGAAGAGAUUCUAUCUAGAUCUUCUUUGGAUGCUGUUCCUGAAUCCUAAUAUGCUUAUUUUCCACCGCAAGGCAUUCAACUUCAAGAAAGACACUAUUGUGACCUUAACAAAUAUAUGUCAUGCUUAUGAGAUCAAUAGUCAGCUGGAAUGCUUUCUGAUUUUGAUGUUAGUUUUGAGUUUUGGAGAGCCUAGGAAGACUAUGCCAGAGCAGGACUCGCAUGUUCUUACCUACGCGGAGCGCCCAAUUAAUAAGGGACAUUAUAGCGGGUUUAGUGCCGAUAUUUUUGCAAAAUUGCUUUCGUUAGACCAUCCCAAUAGGCGACUGUUCAAAGAAGUGCUUCUUUUAUUUCCAUCUGAGGGCUAUGGAAAUGAUGGAAAUUGUCAAAAGGACAUUGUUUAUCAUUUAGUCAACGCAUAUUGUGAUGGGGACAGCUUUAGGCUAUUGAACGAUGUGGUUUCCUUCUUAUUGUCGCUGAUUCCUUUCAUGCAGGCUGAUACGACUCCCUCCUUAAUUGAGGAAAAGGCUCCUGUUAUUGCUCAAAGUUUGACUUGCCUCCUAACCUUGAUCAACUUCUUGGAUACUAACGAGGCUCCAGUUCGUGACAUUAAAUUUGAAAAUGUUCCUUUGAGGUGGCUAACUGCCGAAGAAAACAUAGGAGCAAGCCUGAGAAGGCUCAGCGAUGUGCUCUCAAAUAUCGGUCUUCGCACCGAUAGGAAUCUGCUGCAUCUAAGAAGGUUACUCCUAUCGAUCAGCUCCAAAGCAAUCGAAGUCACUUCGCUAAUGGUUGAAAAAAGUUUAGAGCUGGCAGGUAAAUCAGACAGGGGAAUUUUUGGCGUUUGUGAAACAUUAGCUUCUAUUCCCGGACUGCUACCUUCAGAGUGUCAAAGCUAUACCUUUAGCACUCAUUCUGUAACAGAUCCAGAAAUUUCGAAGCAGAAUGAGAGAUUGUACCGAGUACGUAACAGGGUCCUAUCUCAUUUGGUCAAAGCGAAAUCUCCAGCUUAA